AUGGGAGGUGAUCCUGAUUCCUUGCAAGAUUUCUGUGUUAAUGCAGAUAGGCAAGGCCAAGUUUCGGUGAAUGGCUUCUCUUGCAAGGACCCCAAAAUGGUUUCAGCAGCUGACUUCUUCUUCGAAGGGCUGCGACGAGGGGACACAAACAACGCCGUAGGGUCUAACGUAACAGCAGCCAACGUUAACCAGAUUGCAGGGUUAAACACUCUGGGAAUAUCGUUGGUCCGCAUAGACUACGCUAUGGAUGGAAUUAAUCCUCCUCACACCCAUCCAGGAGCCACAGAAAUCUUGGUUUUAAUUAAAGGCCAACUGCUAGUGGGAUUCAUCGAGACAAUAAACAAGUUCCACAGCAAGGUGUUCAAGAAAGGAGACGUAUUUGUGUUUCCCAAGGGAUUACUACAUUUCCAACAAAAUUUGGGGGAGAGAAACGCAGUGGCCAUCGCUGGGUUGAGCAGCCAGAAUCCUGGAGUUCAGGUUACUGCCAAUUCUCUGUUUGGGGCAAAUCCUGCCAUCCCAGAUGGUGUAUUGACCAAGGCCUUCCGCAGCGACAAAACACUUGUUGAUUUCAUUCAGGGAAAGUUCAUGUAG